AAAUACAAUGGCAACAUUGGAGGCUGGGAGCGCUGUGGCUCCUGAGGCUUCGGUGUCUUCCCUUUCGAUUGCCGACAUUAUUGCAUAUGCAGUUAAAUCUGAAUUAGAUACUGAUGUUGCAGAAUUAAAGGAAUCUGAAGGUGUGUCUAUGUUGUAUUACUUUUUACAAAAACUGUGGAUUUUUAUGACUGAUGCAUCACUUUAUCCUGGAAUAAAAGAGGAUGAUGGCCACAGUCCUGUGAUUCCACUUUUUUACUCCUCGGAUUCUCGGAAACAAGUAUCACAUAGGAUAUUGGAAUUUUUAUCGCAAUUUCAUGAUGAGAACACUGAAGAAGGAACUCUAAAUUAUGACAACGCAGCAUCUCCAGUGCGCAACAUCGUACAGGGUCAUCUGUCCACAUGUUUCAAGCUUCUGUCUAGCUUCCUUAUGGCAGUUGCUGAAAAUAAUACAGGAAACUAUAAAAUGACCAAUGGAUUUUUAUAUCUCAUAGAGAUAUACCUAAAUAUGAUCCCUACAGUGUUGGACUUUUCGUUUUUUAUAGACCUAUUAACAGAUUUAGUGAAGAGAAUCCCUGUAUCCAGUGGGAAAUUGUUAUGUGAAUUCUUGUAUCAACGUGCUACUGUCAUACGAAACAUAUUCAAGACGUUGGAAUCGGUUGCACAUACCCGUGUUGUUCAGACUGCAGGGGCAAAGAUGAUUGGUUUUGCCCGUAUUUUGGAAUCUACGUUAGAAGAGAAUGGUGAUGUAGACACGCCAAUACAUGUAUUUAAUUUACGUGUAACUCUUACGAGUUGUAUACCAAUAUCGCAUUUAGGUGUCUGUAAUCGUCAAUCGUUGAGUGCUGACGUUCCCACUUUCAAUAAAGCAUCUGCAGAGGAGUGGAAAAAGAGGGUCGAAUUAAUUGCUGAGAGGCGAAUUCAGGGCAUCACUAACUUUGAGAUCAACAACUAUGAAACUAUAUCUAUUAACAACAGCAUUCCAAAUGGGACCAGUGGUGACACAUUUGACUUGAAGUCAUACAUGGGCUCUGUAGACGACAGUACUUCUUCAUCCUAUGCUAUUCCUCAUUUACCAACGUACAAUUUAUAUUCAGAUUAUUGUGAUCUUUUGCAAUUCAUAUUUAAUCCAUUCGUCAUAAUGGAAAAGACACAGGAAUAUAUGGAUGGACUACAAUCUCAGUUUUCAUCUGUUUCGUUAUAUAUCAUGAAUUUGGCUGACAAGACCCAUCAAUGUGAAUAUGAUAUGCCGUGGGUGAUUCCAUUGAGUUCUAAUCUAUCGACCUUUAUCGCUCGUUGCACAAGCAUGGCCUUUUGGAAAACAUUUUUGUGUGCUAGCAGCUUGGCCCUUCAAACAUUAAAGAUAUCGCACAAGCGCACAUCACCGUCGGAGAGUGUAUAUUCUAUGCUACGGGAAAAGUCUGCCGGAUGUCUAGACCAUAUUGAGAAAUCGUUAAAUCAAUGCGUAUCGAAGAUAAGUGGACUUCCCUCUAUUUUAGAACGCAUUCUUUCAAGGGAAAAGGAAUGGGUAUUGUGGAAACAACGCGGUUGUAUCUCUGACGGUUGCUACCCUGUAACUAACGACUUUUUGACUAAUCCCUCUGAACCAUCCCAGGCACCAUACAAGGAAGAAGGAAACGAUAUGAUGAAUUUUGUUAACUUGUUAUCUGAAUUGGAAUCACUGAGUCCCAUAGGAGAUGAUGGUCUUCCCCAAUUGGGCGCCAAUUUCGCGUUAUCUGUAGACAACAUUUGUUUAAAUCGGCAGUCCACUGCGUGGUAUCUAACCAAUCGCGCAACUGACAGGCCAGCUGCCAGCGCUUCUAUGAAAAUGGAGCAAAAAUUGGAAGACUGCAUAGAGAAGAUGCGCAUGGAUGCUGAUCCUGAGAAUGGUAUAGAAGAAGAAGAUCGCAUCAAACACGACUCUAUGUUUCGAUUCCGCUUCAAUCGCCUUUUUUCCAGCCGGUAUGUGCACAAAUACAUGGACCUUAGCAACGAAGACAUCGCUUCUGGAAGUUUAGAAUGCUUAGUGGAUUCCUUGCACACACCUGAGAAACGCGUGGUUAAGAAGCCAACGUUUCAAGAGACAAAUUAACCAUAUGGU